GUUUGUUCGGCGGUUGUUCGGCCUGGUUCGGCUUUGUCGUCGUCGGUCGGGCGCCGCCGGUCCAUUGUUUUUGUUUAGAUUUGAGAGAGGCCAGCAGCUGCUCGAUCUCAAGAAUUUAAAGUUUGCUCGGCACUUCAUUGAAUUUGGACUGUUGAUUGACUAUUCCACCUAAACUAUGAUGACAACUCUUAAAAGGAAGGAAAGGGAUAAAACGAGUGGGAAAAUAAAUGUUAAAAGAAAAACAAAAAGGAUCAGUGAGCUUGUAGGAUGCCUAACUGCACGUUCCCACUUGCUACACUCUGAGCCAGAGUGCACUAUUAUUGAGAUAUGCUCUGCACAUUCUGCCCAUUACAUACUAUGUACACCCAAUCAGUUGUCGAUGAACUAUCUGAAUAUCGGACAGUGUUAUAAAUUUAUGAAUCUUCUGCGGGGCUCUGUAGUUUUAAAGGGGAGCACUGUUGAAUGCUUCAAACUGACAUGUGAUACAGUGGUUGAGGAAGUAAACUGUGGCGUCAGAAUUUACGACCCACCUCACCUGGAGAAUUUUACAGUUAUCAAGGGUGAAGUUACUGAUGUAAACUGUGAGCUUGGAAUAUGCUAUCUCAAUAGAUCAAAUAUGGUUAUAUUUAGUACAUGUUCAAGGGUUGCUUGUCUUCCUAUCCCAACCAAGGAACAAACUGUUACAAUUUUCAAUGUGCACCGCUUAAAGAAGGAAGACAAUCAAACUAUUUAUGCCAUGUGUGUAAAAAGCUUCAUGAGGAUAGAAGGCGAGGAUGAGCGCAAAAUCCCACAGCCCCAGUUGAGUCCAUUACUGUUGUCUUUAGGAGAUGCUGUCAGGGAUUAUAGAUUAAUAUUGUGGCUUCAAAAGUGUUCCAUAUUUCUUCAAAAUAUCUUCAGUGAUGAUUUUCUCUUAUUGUAUGGUAUUGCUAAGAAUCAGUGCAAAGAAUUUCGAUCGUGUCUGCUACAAAAUGUUGCAAAAUUUAUCCUUAAACAGAUUAAAGUUGAAAGAACAUCAACUCUAGAAGAGUUCAUGGCCACUGACCACAAAUUCAGAUGUGGUGUACUCAAAGAGGUAAUGCUUCCAUUUCAAUUACGUGGGUUACAACAAAUAAAUGAAAAAUACCCUGAUUUGGAAGAUGAGGUAAAUGAGGAAGGUGACAAUGUCUUUUGGCAAUAUGAUGUUAAGAAGGACACAGUGAAUAUUCUUAUCGGUGUUAUUUCAUUGAAAAGCUCAAACUUUAGACUAACACUCAAUGAUGCUUCUUGUUCCACUCCUUGUCUGGUAUUUUGUAAUGAUAAUAUAGAGAAACUUGCUAAGCUGCAGAAGAAAAUAGUUGUGGUAAUGGAACACAAUUUAAUUCGAGAAAGAUUUUCCAUUCCUGGAGAAAAUCCCCCUUAUCAGAAUCUGAGGUAUCUUUUACUGUCACUGGAUAAAGUGCACAUCAUCUCUGCUGUUGACACAAACUGGAAAAACUCAAAUUUGGAUGAUAUGCAUAUUACCAGGCAACCUGGUGGCAGUGACUCCCAAAGUGCAGGCUUAGCAUUAAAUAUCACUGAACCCAAUACAUCAGGUGGUAAAAGAAGCAUAGAAACCAUAUUUAUGCCAAGCUAUAGCCCUGCUGGAAAAGAAAAAGCCCUUAGAAACUAUUUUUCACAGUUUGUAUUAGUUCAAACCAAGUCAAGUAUAGUUCUACGAAAAGAUAAAGUUUUACCAAGGUGUUACCUUCUUGUAUCUUUACUUGGCGAGAUGGUCAAAUCUGCAACUGUGCCUCGUUCCAGUCACAGAAACCAUUCUAACAAAUUUAUCUUCAUCAAUUUAGAGAAUCCAUUGCUAAAAAUUAUCCCUUUUGUAACUGUCAACUCAGUUCUAGAAAUUCGCUUUCCUGUGGACUUUGAUGACAACUUUUUCAAAAAGGGGUUGCCAUUAAGAUUUGUUGAGGGACUUAUAACUAUGCUCCCUACUAUAUGUAGUGUUACACUCCCUCCUAGUGCAGAAGUACAUUUGAUCAUCAAGCCUACUGACAACUUAAAAUUUCGGGAUUGCUUCGGGAUUCAGCAGUCUUUAGAUGAAGCCAAUUACAAAGAGCUAAUUGAUGUAAUGGGAUAUGUUGUUGGUCGAUAUCAUCAGGAUCCCCGGUAUGAGAGGGAGAAGACAAAUCUCAAGGUUAAUGGUUUUGGGGUACCAGGGAGCAAGGUAAUUGCUGUUGUUGUGAGAGACACCCCACCAGAGAGUCAAACUGGAACACCAGUGACAUUGUAUAUGAGUAAUGCCUCAUCACCAAUGUCAGUCCUUCAAUAUCCAUUUGGACUUGUACCUGGUGCUAAAGUUAUAUGUAGGCGUGUUGUUAAAGUCAAACCUAGUUCCAAGGCAUCAGGUGUAUACUUUCGAUCUUCGUUGCUAACAUCUGUGGAAAUUAUUGAUGUGGUGAAGAGUGAAAGAAAUAAUGAGGAGGAAGGAAUGAAGGAUUUGUGGGGCUUGAGAGGUUUGCUUCACUCAGCUCAAAGUGCAGGAAAUUUGGGAUGUACUUGGAUAACAGUAUCAAUGGCAAGUUUAAUAAAGUUUUCCAUUAACGCUACAUGUGCUGCCUGCAAGCAUCCUGUAAAAAAGAAAGUAUGCACGUUUCGUGGCUGCUCAGCCUCUGUGGGGUGCACCAUUUAUUCACAAGCUACAAUUUUGGUAAAUGAAUUUGAGGCAAAACCAGCCUAUGUAUUUGUCCCUGACAAUCUUGUGUCAAAACUGUUAGAAGAUUGUGAAGGUUUAUGGGAAAAUGUAAUCACACUGGCCCAAUUCAAUGGUCAGUUAGAGUACUCACAGUCAAAGUCUUUCCAGGGGACCUCAGAAUUAUUAUCUCUCGAGGAAAGAGUUUUCAGACAACUAUGUAGGUGCAUUUUGAAAGGAAAGAGAUUUCACUUGCUUUGUCGGCAGUUCAGAAACAAAGUAGAUGAAAAAAAAUAUGAAGAUACUUCAGCUCUGUAUGCUGUUGACAUAUCUCCUAUAUCAAUGGUGAUGGCAGCUUCAUGAAAAACAACAGUGGUGUUUGAAUAUUUUUUAUGAACUCUAUUCUAUCUGAAUAAUUUGCACCCUGCACUGCCUGAAAGCAGCAAUACCCUUCUUAAUUUUAGUCAUUGAUGAAAUAUUUUAAAUAAAAACGAUCAUGAGUA